GUGGGCGGAAUGAUUUGGCCUGGUUGCCUGGGUGUGUGUAGUUCCGGCUGAAGCGGACAUUUUGUGGAUUUAGAGCCGAGGAUAGACCGGAGUUGGGGAUUGGGGAACGGGGUUUUCAGCCACAUUUUAUUCCCCCAGUUUGGUACUAGACUAUAUCAGCUAACUACUUAGAUUGCUGCUAAACAGAGAGUGGCGAGUUGAAGUAAAGUUCACUGUUUUUUGUUAACGUUGACAAGGCGUCUUGAAGACAGUAAUUAUUAUUUAGCCUGAUAUACACGCGAAACUCGACUGGCUAGCUAGCUACGAUAAGCUAGCAGCAUUCAACGACGCGAGCCCCUUCGUUAAUUGGCAUAUAAAGAAUGGCACUGAAACGAAUUCACAAGGAACUAAAUGACCUGGCCCGUGACCCACCAGCACAGUGCUCAGCUGGGCCAGUCGGAGAUGACAUGUUCCAUUGGCAAGCUACUAUUAUGGGGCCUAAUGACAGUCCAUAUCAGGGGGGUGUGUUUUUCUUGACAAUUCAUUUCCCCACAGACUACCCUUUUAAACCACCUAGGCUUGCCUUCACCACAAGAAUUUAUCACCCUAAUAUUAACAGUAAUGGCAGCAUCUGUUUGGAUAUUUUAAGAUCCCAGUGGUCGCCGGCAUUAACUAUCUCUAAAGUUCUUUUGUCCAUUUGUUCUCUCUUAUGUGACCCAAACCCCGACGACCCUUUAGUGCCAGAGAUCGCUCGCAUCUACAAAACAGAUAAUGAAAAGUAUAAUAGACUAGCAAGAGAAUGGACGGAGAAGUAUGCAAUGCUGUAGGGUUGAGGUACAACAGAAUAGCUCGGGAAUGGACUCAGAAGUACGCCAUGUGAUAACCGGUUCUAAUCAGGCCAGCGUCCAAUUCAUUCUUGUUGGAAUAAAUGUUUACCUAAUUUGCCCCCCCCCCCCCCCC